AUGCAGAUUAAUGACAUCAAGUCGUCUGACUGGGACUCCACUGCGUCCGAAUAUCUGAAAGCCCCCCUUGAAGGGCCACUGCUGAUUCCCUGUAAGCGCAUGAUUGAAGCCUUGCAUGAUGCUGUCAGCUUUUCCUCGGCCACAACAGUCUUAGACAUUGGCAGUGGUCCCGGCACGGCGAUCAGUUUGCUGAUCGAUGACUAUGGCAAUAACAUUCCACCAGAAUCUCGAUUAGUCGCGACGGACUACUCCGCAGGGAUGGUCGCGGCGUCCAGAGCCAGGAAAUACUCGAAGAUCGCAGCCAGAGCGGACCCUGCAAAUUGUUGGGGCCGACUGGAGACGCUUGUAGUGGAUGCACAGGAUUUGUCUGAAUUUCCCUCAAACAGCGUCUCCCAUAUCAUGGGGAGUCUUGUCUACUUCAUGCUCCCAGACCCAAUGAAGGGACUGAGAGAGGCUCAUCGAGUGCUGCAAUCCGGAUGCGCCUUUGCAUGUACAAGCUGGGCAAAAGUCGAGUGGAUGGAACUCCUGCUUCAGGCAGCCCACAGCGUGCGACGCGUCGGGGAUGAUAAAAACUCAAUCGAAACAAGAGAGCACAAUAUGAUUCCCACUCAGUGGACAGAUACUGCUGGGGUGAAGAGAGAGAUGGAAUCUGCUGGUUUCCGGGACGUGCAUACUGAGUACGUUGAAUUCAACUGGGUGGUUGAAGACCGUGGAAAGUUCGCCGACAAGAUGUCGACAAGUUCCAAUCCCGGGUCCCAAAUGAUCCUAGGUGACUUUACCGCCGAGGAAAAACAACAAGUUCGCGAGGAAUACGUGAGAAUUCUGGCGGAGAAUGGAGAUGUAUGCAAAGGCGUCGCGGUCCUAGGUGUUGGUAGGAAAUAG